AAUCCAUGAUCUAACUUCUAUUAGUUUGUCUUCUCGGAGUUGAGUUUCUCUCUACGGAUCCCAAAAUGAAUCUCUCCCUCUCCUUCUUCUCCAUCGCUCUCAUCGCCUUCCUCUUCCUCCACCAUCACCCCGUCCUCGCAUCUUCUCACUUCGAAGGCUUCGACGCCGAAGAAGGCGACGACGAGUUCUCCGAUGACUCCACUGAGCUUCACCACUCUCUCCGUCCUCCCCUCGUAACCCAGUCUCAGUCCACACCCCCGGAUCCAGAACCAUCCGAUUCCAAAUCGGACCCUCCUCCGACUCAGACACCACCUCCCAAGAAGCCCUCGUCAACCUCCUUCGAUUUCUGGGACGAAGACGAGUUCGAAGGCUUGCCGUCGGAAACGAACGAAUCUCCGGUCAUCGCAUCUCCCGCCGAUCAAACCACUCCAGAUCCGGAGCCUGCUUCAGAAAGUCCAGACCUUGACACCGUUCCCACGGAGAAGAAGAAGCUGUCGUCUUACACGGUGGAGAUCGUCUCCGUAUCGAUCUUGAUAGCUUACUUGAUCAACUACUUCACCGGCCGACGCGAGAACGAGAACCUCGCCUUAUCCUGGGCCUCCAAGUUCGGUCUCAAAGACACAAUCUUCGAGAAAAACUUCAGCUUGCUCGGUGUGGGCGAAGGUGAGGACUCUCCCUUGCUGCUCAAAGAAGCCACGAACGUGUUCAAGUUCUACGCGAGCGGGCGCAGGUUUUGCCACGGGGUGUUGGCGACCUUGGAGCUUAAGAGCAGACACGAUCUGAUCUCCAGGGUUUAUAACUGCGUGGUGCCUUGUAAAGAUGAGAUCAGUUUCGAGGUGUAUAUGAAUGAGGAAAGUAUGGAUCAGGUUGUGUUUGCGGUGGCGAGGAAGAAGAUGGCGAAGAUGAUGCAUAAGGAGCUGAGGGAUCUGCAGAGGUUUGGAGGGGUGGUGCCGGUUCCUGGCGGGAGGAAGUGGGUGUCGGAGGAGUUGUCUGUGAUCUCUGAGUCUAAGGAGGUGGCUGGGGAUAUGAUCACUGACGUUGUACUUGAUCAGGUUUUUGGUGACAAGUCGUUCGAAAAGUUCGGAAAGUAUUUCAUUUCAAUGCAUUUUUCGGACCAACUUCCUGGCAAACACAGGAAGAUGCUGCUUUUCAAGUUCGCCCUACCUGAUGCUAAACACAUGGAUGAUAUGGUUCGCUUGGUAGCUCUAAUUCCGUAUUACAUUGACUUAAUUGGGCGCUACAAGCUCAGCUCCCAGGCACGUAACAAAACGGAUGGUGCAAGGCAAAAGGCAGCUCAGGAAGCGUACAAGGAACUUGAGAAUGUGAGGCAAGAGGCAUUACAGAGAAAGAAAGCCGAGAAGAAGAAACUACUGGAAGAAGCAGAGGCAAAGCUUAGCGCCGAGGCUCUAAGGAAGAAAGAGGCUAAAGAACGCGCACGCCAGAUGAAGAAGUCAAUGCCAAAAGUUAAGAUGAGCCGUGGUCACUAAGACACACUCAAGCAUAGGAGACAUCUCUCUCUAAGGUCACAAUCUCAUGUCUGCCAUUGGAAUAGCUAUUUUUAUUCCUUUCGAUUAGAUCUUUUUUUUUCCUUACUUUCAUAAACCUCUACUUGUCUGUUAAAUUCGAUUACGACUUCCCUUAUAGUGGCACCGAGACUGUGCUUACGAUAAUU